UUAUUGUAUGGACAUUAUUACACACUAUCGCACAACUCGAAGGCUGCUUGAGCAGAUCCAGGUUGUGAACUGUCUGCAAAGGCAAUCAUCAUCGAUAAUACAGAGAGCCCUUUGAAAUACUUAGCCUCUGACAACUAUUUCUGCGCUUAUGUUGUUGCUCUUUGAAACAUUCGUAACCAGCGACAUUCAUCUUCCAACGGAGUCUUGGGCGGUAACUCUGUGCACCGCUUUUCUUUUGACUUCUUCACAGAAUCUUUGUGGAAGUGGUGGACAUACAUACAUACUAUUAACUACAUAAGAGGGAAAUCACAACAUAGCCGCAAAUGAAGCGCUGGGCAGGUUGCAUUUUGAAAUCCAGAGCAAUAGAGUGCUCGUGCUCGUUAAGUUACGACUGCCAACCUACUCAGCUCGAUCACAGCUACACCAGCAGACCACAAGAUUGAAGCCAGGUUCAGAUGAUAUAGAAUUGGAGCCGGUUCCUAGAGAACAACUCCAUGCCAAAAUCUCUCUAUAUCCUUUAUCAAGCACCGUAGGGCCGCUUGUUCUCUAUGAGCAUUCUCAAAAGAGACUCACUCCAUGGCAAAUCUGCACAUCAAAAGGGUUUAACAGCCAAUGCCGUAUUGGAAGAGCCUGGGCUGGCCUUGUGCGGUGCCUGACAGCGGGUAAGCUCUUCUGGCUGAGAGUCAAGUACUUAUCCCGCGCCGCGUUACCUUCGAUGUCCGCACAAGUCAAAGGCUAAUCUGAUCUAUUAGAGUCUUUGCAUAUCAAUCUCGCCGAGUUGAAAUUGGCACCAAUUUCUCACCUCCAUGGCAGCACCCUGAGACCCAAAACCCGUGUCAAGACGGACCCGUGUUCGUAUUAUGAGUGCCGGCAGGUUGUUUGAAUAAUGAUGUAAGAAACAUUUCCUAAUUUCUCUUUAACUGACUUUUCUUUUCCUUUUGCUGUUGCUCUUCUUUUUUGGUUUUGUACUGUACAUUGUUUUGUCGCAGUUUCUCGCCGCAUAUGUGCUUUCAACGCUCCCUUGCGCCGUACACACUUGUCCCAGGAAUCCAGGGUCGAUAUUAGCGCGCAUAUGGUCGAGGGCUGCAGAUCCAUGUUCCUCGUAAAACAAUUCCCCCUGUUCAGAAUCCGUGUUCUCACGGCCCUCAUCCUAUGCGCUGCUUUCUUCGUCUUCUACUUUCAGAGGGCAGCUAUUGUUCUUGCGGUCGUCUCAUAUUGGCAACUACCUUGACGAUAUAUCCUCGUCAUUCUUUAUCCCCAAGAAAAUCCGGUAUAAACUCGAUCCAAGAGGCAUAAGUCCCGAAAUUCGGAAUUGGGCAGACAGUUGUUCAUCCAAAACCCCUACCUUCACCAGAGAAUUCCUGACCGAUACAUCUGCGGACGAGUGCGUCAAAACACACUUUUCCCACCUCCCGGACCUUGUCGAGACCUAUCUCUCCCUCCCAGUUUCCAUCCUCAAAGCGGAUCUACUCCGCUAGCUCCUCCUUCUUGUCGAGGGCGGGAUCUGGAGUGAUCUCGGCGUCUCCUACGAGGACACUUCGAUUUACGGAUGGAUACCCGAACAAUUUAAGCAAGAUGCAAACCUCGUCGUUGGCUUAGAAUUCGAUGUGGGAUGGGAUAGCGACUUUCCCCGCCUAUUCGCCAGCUGGACUGUUUUAGCUAGACCCGGUUCUCGCCACCUGCAGAUGGUUAUCGAUGAUAUUUUAAAUGAGAUCAAAGCGACAAAGGAGAAGUAUAACCUUACCAGCACAUCAGAGCUGCAGUUGGGGAUGGUGGACGAUGUGGUAGAUUAUACGGGCUCCAGAAGGUUGACGGCAGGUGUACUUAGGAGUCUUAGCGAGCAGCUAGGUGAGAUGGUGGACAGCAGGAAUGUGUCCCGUCUUCCUGAGCCCGAAAUUGAUAGAGGAUGUCUUGAUUUUGCCGCGGUACGCUUUUGCCCUUUCAGCCAACAAUUAUAAGGGUGUGAAAUGGCCGGACGGAACGGGGGAACGGAUUUUGUGCCUGGGCCGCCGUUGGUGACACACCAUUAUGCAGGUACUUGGAAAAGUCCCUAUGGUGGGGAAGUUGUAUGAUUUGCCAAUAUAUCUCCAUUUGGGAGUAGAAUUGUUACAUAGUAGAUAUUUUUGCCGCGGUUAUGCUUCUCAUGAAAGAUGAUUGAUGCAUGGAGAUUAUAAAUACGUACUUACAAGGCCUAUCUACACAUGAGACACAUGUGCAUAAAAAUCCCAGUCUUAAGGGUUAAUUUUGGGACAAGCUGGAGGACUAUGGAUUGCGGGUGUGAGUUUGUAUCAAUAACGAGACCACUGAGACGAUAUGACCAUACACUAACAUUGAUUGAGGUCAAUCGCCAAUAGAUCUAGUUAACAGGUGAGAUAUUGAUAGCAUUUCCAUAGAAAGAGACUAUCGCUUUGGCGAUCAUUUAUAAACGAUGAUUGAUAUCGGUUAAAUAAUUCCUCUAUUCUAGGCUACACAGAGAUAAAAAUUUGUAGAUGCAU